AUGCAUGAAAAUACCGUGAAGAGGUUGGAAAGAAUGAUUUUCACCACGUCACCGCCGAAUGCCGCUUCCCACUCUUGUGCUGUCGUAUUUGACAAAAAGCACGCGGUUUCCUUCGCUCAUGGAUCUCACUCACAGCUCAAGGAAGCUGAAAUUAUUUAUUUGUAUAACGUCCUAAACCCGGAUGUCAAAGUGGAGGUUACUGUGAAGGCCAUUUCUAAACUUUACGACGUUGCUGUUUUCGAAAUAAGAACAGGAGUUUUUCCCGAUGUCCCACGGGAUAACGACACUUAUUGUGGAGCAGAGUACAAACAAUUAGGGGUGGACUCAAAACGAGAGCUCACUUGGAAUUCUGGAGUUGUGGUGGAAAAACGCCGUUGUAAUUUUUACGGUACGUCGCAAGGAAAACAAGGCGAUUCUGGCUCCGGACUAUAUGAUGAUAAUGGUCGUUUUAUCGGAAUCUCCAUAAGAAUGGAAGACUUCGCUUUCCCAAAUUUGUCCAAUAUGACAAUUCAAGAAACUGCUUACCAUACGCCGGACACGAAAAUUGUAAGUUGCAACAUGAUCGUCUUUGUCGCCGGAAUAGUUGAUCCUGAUUAA